UUGCAACUACCAGUGGCGCUGCAGUCGAACUGCUCGCAAGGUAACCAGAUGACUGCAAAAGGGGGCCGAUCAUCCAGAGCUUCAGCGCUGCAGCGGGUCGCUCGUACGCGAGCUAUCAGCGGACAAUAUUCCCAAUUGGACUGCGUGCGUUUUGUCCCUGGUGUGGCUGUCCAAUGAAGAGGACAUCGGAGGCGUAAAUCUCGGACAGUGUCGUUCUGCCUUGCACCAUCUACGCGACUGGAACACGCAGACAUCUCACAGUACUUUAUAGCAAGAUCAUGCAGACAGGCGUUGUGCCGUUCCGUCUAGUGCGGGCCGCUGUGUUCGCACCACGCCAGCAGGCCCUCGUCCUUCUCCAGCACUCUAUACAACACGCAGUGCGCCUCCGGCACUCUGCAGCAGCCUGCCUUACCGUUGGCUUGGCGAAAAGCAACGGCUUGGGCUCCAAUUCCGUGGCUCGAGAUCCGCACUCACGUCACCAGCGGUGCGUUCAUCAUACUGGCACUGCUAAGCCCACCGUGAGGAGCAUUCGACAGCUUAUGCGUGACGCGCCUUUGCUCCGUUACAAGGAACGGCAUAUCCAGAUCGCCACGUGCGGUGACCUCUACAAGAAAUGGCGCGCCGAGCGUCGCCGCGGCUACCAGGGGGCACCCGAUACGGGCGCUCGGGUGCCGGUUGUGUACAUCCACACUGGGCUAGACCGCAUCGAGCGCGGAGACCGGACAGAGCGAUCGCUGUGCUUGAUGCUCACGGGGGCACCGGGACAGUACCAGGUCUACAGCUACAACAUCCCUUUCCUCGACCAGAAUGGCGUGGACGUUCUUUGCUUCAACUGGCCCGACUUCGCGUUCACCUUGGAGACCGGCUACUGGUGGCAUAGCUGCGACGAGAAAACCAGUCUACUCGUCGAUUUCCUCAAGAAACUUGACAUCAAGAACAUCGACAUGCUGGUCAGCCACAGCUCCGGAAGUACUCCCGCGGUGCAGCUGGUGGCCGAGGAAACCGAGAUUAGUGUGAAGUCCUUGGCCCUGCUGAUGCCCGUCGUAACCCGGCACUUCAGAGGCUCCCGCAACCCUCUGCUCUUCAAUGCUGCAGUCAGAUGGGCGAUGAAGAGUCGGCGCGGAGCGUCCAUCCUCCAGCCCUUUUUCCAAGCGGUCACGUCGUUGAGCAAGCACCCAACCAGGGGCCGGGCGCACGACGCAUUCUUCGCCUACCACUCGUGCAUCGGAUACGAGGAGCAUCGGGUUGAGCAGCAAUUAGCCACAAUUCUGCACCGUGCGAUGCCCACGCUCGUGGUGUUCAGCAACAACGACAAACUCCUGUCAGAUGAAGACAACCGCACAUUGCUGCGGAGGUUGGGCAGCGACCCCGAGCGGACCUGGUUAUACGGCUCGGGCGGGCAUCUCCUCCGGAGGGGUGGUUCCGACAUAGUAAAAGCAAUCGAGCUGACGGAUGGAUCGCACUACGGAUUCGUACGCUACCCCGACAUCUGCAACGAGGUCCUCGUCGAACUCCUCGACAGGGUGCGACGGUGUUAAUCCAAACAGCGCUUGUCAUGGCUCACAAGCGCACUUUAGGCCAUUUCUCCCUCACACUAACAGACCACUGUACGCUAUACGCGUAUAAGUCAUUCAGCUGGCGUAAUAGGCUAUAUAAUGAGCAUAAUUGCAGGCCUCGCGUGUCGUUUAUUUACCCUGUAUAAAAGCACGCCCUUGAUUAUUAAACCACUAACCCCAUUAGAGUUAAUAAAGGGAAAAUGAGA